GCUGGCCCGAGACGGGCUGGGAGACAUGAAGCUGCUGUUUGAGUACCUGACCCUGUUUGGCAUCGCAGAUAAGAUCUCCUUUGACCUGAGCCUGGCGCGGGGUCUGGAUUAUUACACUGGGGUGAUCUACGAGGCCAUCCUGCUUCAGCCUCAGAACGCCCACAAGGAGGAGCUGGGCAGCGUGGGCAGCGUGGCUGGAGGCGGCCGCUAUGAUGGGCUGGUGGGGAUGUUCGACCCCAAGGGACGGAAGGUGCCCUGUGUGGGAGUCAGCAUCGGAAUCGAGCGGAUCUUCUCUAUUCUGGAGCAGAAAGUGGAGGCUUCAGAAGAAAAGAUCCGGACUACAGAGACACAGGUUCUUGUAGCGGCUGCACAGAAGAAACUCCUUGAAGAGAGACUGAAGCUCAUCUCUGAGCUGUGGGAUUCUGGGAUCAAGGUAUGGCUGGGCAGAGUCUGAAUGAGAGAGAGGAAAGAAACUGGUUGGCUCCAGCCCUUCCAUUCCCGGUGCUGGGCAUGAACUAGAGCGGGGGUCGGCAACCUUUCAGAAGUGCUGUGCCGAGUUUUCAUUCAUUCACUCUGAUUUAAGGUUUC